CUCUUCCGUCUUCUGGGGCAGGAGGCUCCGAUUGGCUUUUGGUGCGACCAACUACAGCGUCUCUUUUUUUGUUUACUGCCAAUAGCAUGAUAGGGAGGGCAGUCCCUGCAAAGUAGCAGGCUAGUUCUUGUGUGUUAGUGUGGAAGAAGGCGCAAGGGAAGCCCGUCUCUGUUAAAGGGCCGGCAGAAGUAGAAGAAAGUUGUUCCGAGUUUCUUUCGGCGGGGUUUGGUUAGGUCCUGCGAGGGUGAUAAAACACGCUUUAUUCCUGCCUGGGGGUAAAAUAGGCCGGCCGCAGAAUGGAGCAGGCAGCACCUAAAAGCAAGCUGAAAAAGCUGAGUGAAGACAGCUUGACUAAGCAGCCUGAAGAAGUCUUCGAUGUCCUGGAGAAGCUUGGCGAAGGGUCUUAUGGCAGCGUUUUUAAAGCAAUCCACAAGGAAUCUGGGCAGGUUGUGGCAAUUAAGCAAGUCCCCGUUGAAUCAGACCUGCAGGAAAUAAUUAAAGAAAUUUCUAUAAUGCAACAAUGUGACAGCCCCUAUGUCGUCAAGUAUUAUGGCAGCUAUUUUAAGAACACAGACCUGUGGAUUGUUAUGGAGUACUGUGGAGCUGGUUCUGUUUCGGAUAUAAUUAGGUUGCGGAAUAAAACACUUACGGAAGAUGAAAUUGCAACCAUUCUUAAAUCCACACUGAAAGGACUUGAAUAUUUGCACUUCAUGAGAAAAAUACACAGAGAUAUAAAGGCCGGGAACAUCCUCUUAAACACAGAAGGGCAUGCCAAGUUAGCUGACUUUGGAGUGGCUGGACAGUUAACUGAUACGAUGGCAAAACGUAAUACCGUCAUAGGUACUCCUUUUUGGAUGGCUCCGGAGGUAAUACAAGAGAUUGGCUAUAAUUGUGUAGCAGACAUUUGGUCCCUGGGAAUUACUUCAAUAGAGAUGGCUGAAGGAAAACCACCAUAUGCUGAUAUCCAUCCAAUGCGGGCAAUUUUUAUGAUUCCCACAAACCCACCUCCAACAUUCCGGAAGCCAGAGUUGUGGUCUGAUGAAUUCACUGAUUUUGUGAAAAAGUGUUUAGUGAAGAACCCUGAGCAGAGAGCUACUGCGACACAACUCUUGCAGCAUCUUUUUAUUAAGAAUGCCAAGCCUGUUUCAAUUCUGAGAGAUUUGAUUACUGAAGCAAUGGAAAUCAAGGCGAAGAGGCAUGAAGAGCAGCAGAGGGAACUAGAAGAAGAGGAUGAGAACUCGGAUGAAGACGAACUGGACUCUCACACCAUGGUGAAGAGUAGUUCAGAAAGUGCAGGAACAAUGAGGGCUACGAGUACCAUGAGUGAAAGUGCACAGACUAUGAUUGAACAUAACAGCACUAUGCUCGAAUCAGACUUGGGGACCAUGGUGAUAAACAGCGAUGAUGACGACGAUGAUGACGAAGAUGGCACCAUGAAAAGAAAUGCUACAUCACCACAAGCACAACGACCUUCAUUUAUGGACUAUUUUGAUAAACAAGAUUCCAAGAACAAAAGCCAUGAAAACUGCAAUCAAAACAUGCACGAAUCUUACCAUAUAUCGAAAAAUGUUUUCCCAGAUAAUUGGAAAGUCCCUCAAGAUGGCGACUUUGAUUUUCUGAAAAACCUUAGUUUGGAAGAGCUGCAGAUGAGGUUGAAAGCUUUGGAUCCGAUGAUGGAACGAGAAAUCGAAGAGCUCCGUCAAAGGUACACGGCUAAGAGGCAGCCCAUUCUGGACGCCAUGGACGCCAAAAAACGAAGACAGCAGAACUUCUGAUCUUAUCACGUCUGAAGUGAAGGUUAUCAGUGGAUAAAGACGCUGGUAAAACUGUACAUAGAUCUCAGAUUUGAAAGGCAACAGCCUUGAGCUUGACUACGGCUAAAAAAGAGCACAGUGUAUAUUCUGCAGUCUGAAUGGAAAACGUGUCCCAUUGUUCAUGUUUUAAUACAAUAGAAGCUUCACAUUCCACGACCACAUCCCUUUUCAGCUAAGAUAACGGAAAUGCUGGCUGUUGGAUGAGGAGGAGGAGUAUUUGGUUCUCAGUAAUACUUAAAGCUGUCUCCAAAUUGUUCAGAACUGCAGGGCCUUAAGUUGCAAUAUGAGUUUGCUCUGAUUUAAAAACCUAUUUAUUGUAUAUGCCUAGGUGGUCUUAUUUAUUUUUUGUGCUCCUUCCCUUGAAGUAUAAAUAGAGCCUGAAAAUACUAGUGGUUGGUGGAAUCCGUGAUGGCGUUAAGUAGAAAUGUUGUGCAUGGUCACACUCUAAGCAAAAAUUGCUACUUUAUUGUCCUGACUUUGGAAAGAUUUUCGGGCUCUGUUUGGCUUAUAAGCACAAGCUUGUGUGUCAUUGGAGUUUUAGUAUGAAUUAUACAUUAUUGGGGACUUAGUAAUGAAUUAGCUGCAAUGCAAAAAUGCCUAUGGACAGAGAGGGCAGGGUGCACUGGAAAAUUCUGCUGAGCCUAUCUGUGGAAAUGGAUGGAAACAGCACAUUCUUAAACACACUGCAUUUAUGGCUGGCACGAGAGAAAUCUCUGCAGGGCUUUUGUAACGUUGCUUCCACUUUUGCUGAGCGUUACCUUACAGAAUAGGAGACAAGUGCCUGUACAGCUCCCUUUCUGCCCCUACCCCGUGUCAUACAGGAGAAACAGACCCCACUGUCCUUUUGAGUUCCUUUUUUAAAAAUCCGCUGCUGUUUUUCAUUUAUACUUCAUUUCAGUGUCCCACUUUGGCCCCACCAAAAAAAGUACUUCUAACAUUUUUGGGUCAGUUGACUUGAUUUGCCAUUUAUUUUUUCCCCGACUUGCUGAUUGAUUCUGCCCCCUAUUAGUUAUUCUUAUAAAGCUUCUCUGAGAAACUCUUAAUUUAAAAGUCAAAGGUUCUGAUAUGUUGGCACCAGCAGACACAGGAUUUUCCAUCUCCCUCCCUCCCUCCCCAGCAGAUUUCUUGUCAGCUGCUCUUCCUGCCAAAUGUCAAACUCCCUUGUGUUUAAUGAAUAAUUUUACUGAUUUGUCCUGCUGAAAAUGAAAACAGCUUGGGGAAAUACUCCUGUGAGUGUCUUAAUUACCUUGCAGUAUUGUGACCAGUGAAGAGAAAGCCGUGAUAAUUUACCCUUGGUAAAUCCUUGAUAAUAUCUUAAAAAUAUGAAGCACUUUAAAUGACUCUUCCAAGUCUAAUCUGGUAUAUUUUCCAAAAUAGUUGUUUUUGGUAGCAAAAUAGAACUGCAGAAGAAAUCUAAAAGGUAUAUGUAUGCUGGCAAGGUGGCCCCACCCACAGCAGUGUUCAGGUGACAGCAGAAGACCUGUGGUCAUUCGGCAGCCUGCCCUUUCCGUGGCAACAGAUUUGCUAUCCCACAGGUCCCACUGCUGUUGUUCAAGGUUCUUUUGUAAGCCACAUGGCCACAGGGGAAUUUCUCUAGUAUGCUGUCAUAUUUUUCUAGCAUUUGGCAGGUGAAAAGUGUUAUUUUUGUGUCGGUGUAUCAAGCUGUGUGUGUUUGGUAGCACGAUCCUCCUUCUCAAAAGUUUCCUAACAUUCAAAGAUGACUGCUGAGCUGAGCUGCUCUUACCUCUUCUCCUGACCACGUGUUAAUAGUUGUUGUUAGCUUCCCAAAAUUCUUGAGGUCAGUAACAAACGACUUGUAAAGAGUGAGGAGUUUAAUGGUUAGAUAUUUUUGCAUUGGAUUCUUCUACAAAUUAUUAAACAUUCCAUCCUUCUUAAUACCUGCUGCAGCCUGGGAAACCAUGAAGCAUUUUCUGAAAAGCCUUAAACAAUCAAGAGAAAUUGUGAGCAUCAGAGAACCAUUCCUUUGUGUUUUGCUUGAAUGGGAGCUUGCCUGUGUAGCUGCGUGCACACUUAGAUGUGUUCCAUAGUGGCAAGGUAAACAUUAUCUAUUUUUAAAUAACUUUGUAAAAGCUGUUACAGAUGCUCACAUUUAUUUCCCGAAAGGGAUGGAGAAAAUUGCUGUCCCCCGACCCAGUACUGUUUAUUCCAGGGGUAACACUAUCUUCUUUCACCUCAGAGUUGUAGCCAUGUGCUAUGAAACUGUAGUUGAUCAUUAGUUGUAAACCAACCUUUGAAGAUUUUGUGCUGCGUAAAGAGCAGAUAUAUUGUAAGUUAUGACUUGAUUUAAUGGAGCCUUCCUGGAGAUUUGUUUGUAACAAUCUACAGUGCAAACAGAACCAUGCAGAUAGUACCACUGGUGGUAUGCCCCCCACAUCCACCUCGUUCUGUUGAAACACAAGCAGAGAUGACCACCACAAUAAGCCACUACAGGCAAAGUUGUCUGUUUACCUCUAUAGCAAGAGAGUUCCUUGUUACACCUCCAAGCUUUGUGCAAAGGCUGUGCCUUACUACGCUGUGUAGAGGCUUAAUCACACAAUGACACUUUACUAUCACGCGUGGCUCCUUCUGUUUUUCAGAACAUCAAAGUCUUAAUAAUAAGAUUUUUUAGAAAAACCAUACUAAUUUUUAAGCCACACUUCCUACUGUUCUAGUUGAAAAAUAAAACUUAACAACCAAAAACCAAUCUAGUGUGAACAUUGGCCUUGUAUCCCCUGGUGUGCCUUAUGUACUUUGGUCAAUCAAACGUACUCUGACUCUCUUUCUUGGUGUUGUUUUGUGAUACAUGACAAGCCAGAAGGGGUGAUAUCAAAAGGCCAGUGGUCAGCCUGAAAAAUGUCGUAUCUGGAAGCAUCGUCCUUGCUUAGAUACUGAGUGUCACAAGGACCUUUUUGUCCAAAAAAAAGGUUCAAUUCCAACUGAGUUUCUGACUUGGAUUUUAAGAGUUUAUUGUGUACAAUAGUACAGAGAAAAGUUAAUUACAAAAAUGGUGUGCAAAACUAUAAUGAUGCAAUAGUCAUAACUACAUACUAUUUAAAACGUAGAUGAUAUAUCCAACUUUUCCCCCAACUGAUACACGAUGAGACAUUUUGGGAACCAAAUCUUAAAAUAUGACGACGAUUCAACCAGGCAACAAACUGUACACUAGUAAUGAAUUUUAGGGACAACAUUUACAGGCAAUUAGUCUUUUUAUUAUUCUUUGAUAUUUAUUUAUAUUCACUGAAACUUAUACUGUUUGUGUUCAUAACCACUUUUUAUCUCCACUGAAAGAUGUGCAUCUUUUGUAAAGUAUUUAUUUUACUAAAAACUUGCAAUAAAGCCAGUGGAGCUGAUUAUGAAUUAACUGUUGUGAAAUUUUAAACCAACUUGAUUUAUGGUUGUUUCCUGUCCGAUAUAUAAAUGUUUUAAGUAUAUUUCCCAAAACACUGAAGAAAAUUGUUUGUUACCAAACAUUUUGAAUAAAAGUUAUUUUCCAUCUA